AUGGAACUGGACCUCGGCCUGGACACACCGGAGCCAAGCGUCCUCGAAUGGGCGCGGGCGCAAGGCAUCUGCGUGAACUACGAGACAGAGCUACCACAUAUUCGUGAUACGCAGUUACCAUCAGACGAUGAGUUUGAUCGACAUCUUCACGAGCCCUCCGACGCGACCAUCACUACGGCCAUCAGCGAGCUCAUCAAGGAGAAGCUUACGGUGAACAAGGACACUGCGUUACUCCUCAAGGCAGCGCAUUCUCUUCAGGAUGAACUUGCGAAGGACUCGACGGUCAAUGUCAGCCGGAUGUGGAGACGCGAUCUACGUCAAGAGCUACCUGUGUUACAAUCAGACCAUGAGCUCGAUUUUCUCAACUUCGGUCAUACAGCUGUGCCUGACUUCAAGAACUUACCAAUCCCUUCCGAGAUCACCGUAGAUCAGAAUGAUGAGGGCUUUGAAUGGCCAACCACGUAUAUUGCCUACCCUGCUCAGUGCGAUGCGCAGGCCAAGGCCGAAAAGUUCGCCAUCUCACGGGAGGUAUUGGUUUUUCUACAGGAUACUAUCAGAGACGCGUACGUACCAGAAGACGGCCAAAAACUGGAGACAGAGAGCCUGAUACGAAAACAAGAGCCCACUAUUCGGCCUGUAACGCCACCUUUACUUCCAGUAUCGCCACCACUGACACCAUACAUUCCAUCUUCACCCACGAAUCAUCUGCCAUUAGCUUCAGAUGCUGACUCGGUCGAUAUUGAGGCUCAGGCUCUAGAGGAGCAAAUCAUGGUAGCGGACGCUUUUUUUCGCAGAAAGUCGAAUAGCAGUGAUUCGAUGCUAUUUGAUCUUACUCAUCCACCUCAAUUCAGUCCUCAUUUAGAACCAACCAGUUCACCCAUACUGAAACGCAGAGCUGAGGAUCUUAAAGUGGAAGGUCCGCUUACACCAUCAAUGUGUUCCAGUUCGCCUAUGAAGAAGCUCAAGUCUGUGUCUUUCACGGACGAAUCUUUACUCUACAAGCCAUGGGGUGAGGACGAUGAAGCUGGGGUCGGUUCUGACCAAUUCUUCCACGAAAUCGAGGAACAGGCUGAGCGCGCGAAGAAAAAGAUCGAAAACGAACGGCUAUCAGGCGCUGACACGAUUGCAAGAGUCGAUAUUCCAUACAUCGACUUCUCGCUGCCCAUGGAACCAUGGAAUGCGUACAGUCGGCGCAAGCGUAGCAACCAUCGACCUGAUGACACGGAACUGCAAGCGCAGAUGAAGUUCCUCUUACGCAUCAAGCGCGAGAAUCUGAGGUCGGCGAAGUCCUGGCAUGGGCUUUCGAUCCCGGAACGAGAGUUGAAGUGGGGCUUUCUCACUACCAAGGUGUCUACUCUCAGUCUCGAAGAAAAGCUUCAUGGCGAGUCGGAAGUGACUAAGAUUGUCAAUGAACUGACUACAGGCGAUAUCGCGACUAGCUCAGCGCAAGUUUGGAAACGUGAAGGUCUGCGUAUCCUUGUAGAAGAUGAGGAGGAGGAGGAGGAGGAGGAGGAGGAAGAGUUGGAUCCAGAGAAAUACGAUGAGCGAAACUACAUGGAGGCUUUGAUACGCAAGCGAAAACUUGAAAUGGAAGAAGAGGUCGUGGAGAAGCAUCGCAGGCGCACCUCUUCGCAGUCUACUGCGCGUCCACAGAUCCGAUCCUCCACAGAGAUGCAAGAGAGCCACCACCUCGGAGAACACGAGCCAAUGGAAAAUCAGUCGUCGAAGACCCGAUCGAGGAGGCUGAACCAUGCCUCCCAGAAACCGCAAGCUCCUAAACAAGCGAGUGGAGACCUGAUGUUUGGUGGGUUCUCAGCCACAACCGCUCUCAACAAGUUCAUGCAGACACGCGGGAAGCCAGUAGAUCCCGUAGAAAGCAGUACUGAGAACGUAUCUAACUCUAGGGACCUCACUCAACUGAGGACGCACGCCUUACCGGUUCGAUCAAGGGGGUCUUCGUCCGACCAGCCAGUGGAUCAGACUCAGCAGGCGCAAACCACCAAUAAGCCGUUACCCAUACUCCCUACUAUUCCGAAUAACCUGGCGCCUUGUUCUUUCGUGAUCUCAUCAACCUUCCUACAACAAAGGGGAAUGCUGAAACUGAUCGAAUCCAUCCAUCCACGCGCAGAAAUGGUAUAUCGAGAUUACACUUUACCGCACUCGGUAGCCAAAGAAGCUGAGAUCAUACUGUCACCAUCAACGGGCCUUAUCUUUACCACUUUACAGCAGGUCAAGCAAAGAGCUCUCCCUGGCCAGCCAGACAAAUCCCCAGUGAAAGAACGCAUGUUGAAGCUCCAGUCGCGAUACGAGAGACUGAUAGUUCUGGUGAGCGAAGGCCUAAGCUGCGAGAUGGAAGAGCUAGGAUCGAGCCGGCCUGAUGACUCGCGAGAUACAGAGGCUCUGCAAGUUUUCAAGAUAUUCGCUAGCAAAUUAGAAGGCGAAGUCCUUGUUCGGUAUGUUCGUGGAGGGGAACAGGCUCUGGCGCGGUCUACUGUCGUUGAGAUGGCAAACUACGGACUGGCAUAUGGCUCAGCAGACAUUGGCGAUAUUAAGCCUGUGGCGCAAGAGACGAGCUGGGAAGUGUUUCUCCGUCGAGUCGGCCUCAACCCGUUCGCUGCCCAAGCGAUGAUGGCAUGGCUUCGAAAACCUUUGGAUGUGCCGACAGCUCCUUCUUCAACCUCCGGUUUCCCGACCCAUCACGCAAAGACUGUCCCAGCAUUCGGUCUUGCCCGGUUCUUGCUGAUGAGUGACGAGGAACGGAUGGUCUCUUUUCAAGCUUUGAUGGGUGGAAAUCGUGUUCUGAUGAGGGCGAGCGAAUUGAUAGACCAAGAGUGGGUCAGCGCUGCGCAUGGGUUUAGGAUGUGAAAUAAGCAUAGGGAAGGUUGCGUUGUUCACGAUAAGGGAGUCAAGGGCACGCUAUGCUCAGAAGUCGGAUAGAAUGACUAAAUUUAGAACAUUG